CUCUGAUCACAUGGACAGUUUUUAAAAAAGCCACUGAGCACCAGUAAAGCUGGGAAAUCUAAACACGGAGGAGCAGAGAUGUCUGAUGGACAGAAGAAAUGUACCUGAACGAGGCCUUACUGAGCAAGCAAAUGGAAAAGCAAGCAGGCAGCGGUCUAGACUGAUCAGUCGUGGGUGAAAGAACAAAACAACACUGAUAGAUAAAAAAAGCCUUAGCCCUAUAAAUAGGAGAUGGAACAAUUUAAUCAACAUUCUGAGGAGGGCGACGUGCACAGUGUUUCUCAAUUAGAGACUAUUACAGAGACAGAGAGGAGAAAUACUUCAGAUGGAGACUCCACAAACCAACCGCUAUCUCAGGCGUCCCAGAGAAGGAGUAGAGGUUCCUCAGGGAAAGACAACCCAAUGGAGUUCCUACCAGGAGAACACUCAAGAAGGAAAAUGGUGAGGUCCUCAGACAGGUCAAUCUCCAGCACUUCUACGUGUUCUUCAGUGGCUUACUCAUCUCCUGAGAGCGACCAGGUCUUCAGUGAGGAGGAAGAAAUUCAGACGAAGCGCAAAAUCCUGCGAAAGACCAAGUCCUGGAAGACUUUCUUCACGAUGGUGCACUGGUCCCUGAGAAGACAGAAUUCCUGGGUACAGCUGGCUGGGCACGAAGGUAACUUUAAGGCAAGUGCACGUGGCAACAUCUUGAAGAAGUAUAGCCCAGUGGAAAAUACCUGCCUGAUAGCUCUUAUGGAUGAUGCUCUGCGGUCAUAUGUCCCCACGUACCAUGGACUAGUGGAGAUUGAAGAACAGACCUACAUCAAGAUGGAAGAUCUUCUAAUGGGUCUGGAAGCUCCAAGUAUCAUGGAUUGCAAGAUGGGCGUCAGGACUUACCUGGAGGAGGAAUUAGCAAAGGCGAUGCUGAAACCCACACCACGUAAGGACAUGUAUAACAAGAUGGUGAGUGUGGAUCCAUCAGCGCCCACCCAGGAGGAGCACGCACAGAAAGCGGUCACCAAACCACGCUACAUGCAAUGGCGAGAAACCGUGAGCUCCACUGCUACAAUGGGAUUUCGGAUCGAGGGAGUCACAAUUGAGGGAGGUCCUGUGAAGAAAGAUUUCAAGCAGAUGAAGACCAGAGAGCAGAUCAUGGAGACAUUUAUCACUUUUACCAAAGGGCGGAAUGAUAUCCUGGCUGCCUAUGUGGACCGUUUAGAGAGUAUGCAGACAGUCCUACAAGAGUCUGUAUUCUUCAGGACUCACGAGGUCAUCGGCAGCUCCCUCCUCUUUGUCCAUGAUCGACGUGGCUUCUCCAAAGUGUGGAUGAUUGAUUUUGGCAAGACAUCUCCAGCACCGUCUCAUUUAUCUCUUUCGCAUGAUGUACCCUGGGAGGCUGGUAACCAUGAAGAUGGCUACCUCUUGGGCUUACAGAAUCUAAUUAACACUAUUCAGGACACUAUGAGCAGGAUUGAGGACAGAAGGGAGAACCUAUGUGAGAAGACGGAAGAUGUCCAUGAGGAGGAGAAAAAACUAACAAAGGAAAGAGAAAAUACAUUACUAAAGGAAGAAAAUGAGAAAACACUAACACAAAUGGAGACGCAUGUGAUUUAUAGUGAGGAAAAAUUAAUGGAAAAAGAUCAGAAAAUGGCAGUGGAUAAAAGCAGAAAUUUAUAUUAAUCAAGUGAGAUCAUAUAUGUCUGGAACUUGCUUUUCAGGUUAUGGGGAAAUAGAUGCCCCUCCCGUUGGGUCAUUUAUCUGAGGCCUCUGAAGAUAUGUCUAACCAGAGGAGGCAUUGUCAGUAUUGUAAUCUCCACAGCUAACGGUUAAGACAAGGACAGCGUAGGAAUAAAACGUUUGGGCUGGAGUGUGAAGUACCUGAUCUUCUGUGAAGAGUUUUAAGAGAGGACACUGUGAAACCAAGAACACAACAAUUAUAUAUAGUCAUCUAAUUUUAACUUUUAAAUAGACAAGCGACUCAAAAAUGUUCUCCUGCUGCUGUCAUUCUUCUGUUUAAAUGACUAAUUUGAAGAUAACAUCCAUAUGUUGUCAUAUGGUGAGACAGAAGCAUUCAUCCUUCCUUGCAUGUUCAUCAUGUUCAUGUCACUUUGUACUCAUGAGCCUUUCAUUAUGGUUGGAGUAAUUGGUCUAUACAAACUGUCCUAGUUACAAGACUUUGGGAAGAUGUAGAUGUAUCUUAUACUGGUAGGAGUUACCAGACACAAUGCUUUAUUUUACCUUUAUCACUAUAACACCCUAUGUAGAUGGUCCAAGACCUGUAAUGGGUUCUCUAGCAGAGUAAUGGAACAAACCAUUACUCCUGUUUAUGUUCCUCAGCAGGUAGGUCAGUUUGGGUUUUAUCAUGAACUAUUUCACAGCAUGGACACUAUAUUAUAAUGUGUGAGAAUUCAGCAUUUUGUUUGGCACGAUUUACUGAGUUCACUUUUACUGAAAUAAAUAUCAACCUACCUGUGAAAA